AUGUCUUCUCCCAAGCACUUCAACACCGAGGCAGGCUCUCCACCUUACAGGAACCUCUUCCACAACGUAACCGUCGUCCCUCCCAACACAUCGCUCGCCUAUAUUUCUACCCAAUGGGCAGCGGACCCCACCACUGGUGAGCUCGCUGCAGGCUGUGAGGGAGACAUCGGCAAGCAAUCUAAGAUCAUCUGGACCAACAUCGUGGCCAUUCUCCAAGAACUCGGCGUCACAAUGAAGGACGUUGUUCACAGGACUGUCAAUUUCAUAGAGUUCGAUGAUGAGAAAGGGAAGGCAGUGGUGGAGGCCUCUAUGGAGGCGAUGCCUGAUGCGUGGAAGGCGGACGCUCUUUCCAGUUCGUUGAGGUUCAAUGGUGUUAGCCAUUUCCAUCGCCCUGGGAUUGUGUAUGCAGUGGACCUUGUGGUUGCUGUGCCCAAUUCCAAGUGA